AUGUUUUGGCCCCUAUUUCUGCCACUGAUUUUUCUGUCAAAAAAUGUGGUUUGCAAUGAUCCAACAUUAAGUGCUCGGGUGACAACUGCAGGAUUACAAUUUUUUAGUGGUGUUGGCCAUUUUAUUGUAAAUUAUGAAGUAAAAAAGAUAACAUUCCCAGAAAUAUCAAUACCAAUUGAUGCUGGAAUUGGAUCUGGAAAUGUAAAAAUUGAAGGACUAGAAUUGAAGCAUUUUGUUUCACCGUUAUUUACCUUUAAACUCGCACCACCAGACGGUAUUGCUUGGAAGUCACAAGAUGGAACAGUUGAAGUUACCGGCUAUUGGUUUGCUGUGUAUAAGAUCAUCUUUCCAAUUUACUUAUCUGGAACGGUGCGAGCGGUGGCUAAAGAUAUACGACUACUUCUACAGGCUCAAAUUUUUGUCAAGGAUAAUCAUCCACAAAUUAGCAUUGAUACAUGUAACACACAUCUAAUGAAUUUAGACGUUGAUGUUGCCGGUGGUCUUAUUCCAUGGAUUGUCAAUCUGUUUCGCUCAGAUGUUUCUCAGAUCAUUAAAGAAGCUAUCAACAAACAAGUGCAUUAG